ACGAUGAAAAAGAGAAGAUAACAGCCGAGGAGACAUCAGUAACACAUGAAGAAGCGGUAAUAGAGCAAGAGGCGGCUAAAGCAGAAGUUGAAGAUUCGGGAGAAGUAGAAGGACAAGUAGAAGGAGGAGAAGCGGAAGGAGAAGCAGAAGGAGAAGCAGAGGAGGAGGAGGAGGGAGGGAAAUCGAAGAAUAAAAAAAAAAAGAAGAAGAAGAAACCAGAGGAAGACAAGAAGGCAAAAUCCAAGAAAGGUCCUAAUAUUGCCGCUAUUAAGGCUGCUGCUAAACGCGAAAAACUUCGGAAAGAAGGAAAACUUCUUUCAAAGGCCCAGAAAAGAUCUCAACAACAAGCCCAGCUUCGACGUCAACAAAUGCUCGAAUCCGGUGUCAAAAUUGAGGGCCUUGCCGGCGACAGUGCUACUAACGACGAAUCGAAAAAGGAUUCGCGUACUAAUAAAAAAAAGAAACAGAAAAAAAUUGAACCUGCUGAUGUUGUGGACAUAAAGGCAGACAUCAAGGAAAACAAUGAUGAGGCAACGAAAGAAGAGAUCGAAAAACCAGAACCAGAAAGCAUGCCUGAAGAUGGUGUCAAGGAAAGUUGGGAACUUUCCGACGAAGAGGAAGAUGAAGUUGAAGGUGGUGAUGGUGAGGAGGAAGAAGAUGAAGAAAUUAAAAAAGACAAAAAGGAAGAGAAGUCAAAGGAAUUAAAGACAAAGGAAGAGAAAGCAGAGAAGGAGAAAGCAGAGAAGGAGAAAGCAGAGAAGGAGAAAGUAGAGAAGGAGAAAGUAGAGAAAGAGAAAGCAGAGAGAGAGAAAGCAGAGAGAGAAAAGGCAAUGGAAUUGAAGGCAAAGGAAGUGAAGGACAAGAAGGAACAUGUUUCUGCGAAAGGCGAGCGAACUGAACCAAGCUCAAAAACUGUCACGAAACCUGUUACAGAGACAGAUACACAACCCACUACGCAACUUGAUACAGACCGUUUGAAAAAACCCGCCACAAAACCUGUUGCAUCGAAAGACAAUCUUCGUUCACCUAUUUGUUGCAUUCUUGGACACGUAGAUACCGGGAAAACAAAACUAUUAGACAAAAUUCGACAGACUAAUGUUCAAGAGGGUGAAGCUGGGGGUAUUACUCAGCAGAUUGGAGCUUCAUAUUUCCCAAUGGAUACAAUCAAAAUAAAAACUGCCCCUUUGAAUAAGGAUGGUAGACAAGAAUACAAUCUUCCUGGUCUGCUUAUUAUCGACACUCCAGGUCACGAGUCGUUUACUAAUUUACGCUCGCGUGGCUCAUCACUCUGUAAUAUUGCUAUUUUGGUGGUUGAUAUAAUGCAUGGACUGGAACCGCAAACCUUGGAGUCGUUGAGACUAUUGAGAGAUCGGAAGACACCGUUCAUUGUUGCAUUGAAUAAGAUUGAUCGCAUAUAUGGGUGGAAAUCAAUACCGGAUAACGCCUUUGUAGAUUCAAUUGAAAAACAAGAAAAUCAUGUGAAAAGAGAAUUUCAAGAUCGCGUGCAGCAGACCAUAGUAGCGUUUGCUGAGCAGGGUUUAAAUUCGGUUUUGUACUAUGAGAACAAAAACUUUGCCAAAUUUGUUUCUCUAGUCCCAACCUCAGCCAUAACAGGCGAAGGCAUUCCAGAUAUGCUUAUGUUGCUUGUUAAUCUCACCCAAACGCGUAUGUCUAAUCAACUGAUGUACCUCUCCGAACUUGAAUGCACGGUUCUCGAAGUUAAAGUAAUCGAUGGCCUUGGCACUACAAUCGAUGUAAUCCUCUCCAAUGGAGUCCUAAACGAAGGCGAUAGAAUUGUUAUAUGCGGAUUAAACGGUCCGAUAGUGACUAAUAUAAGAGCAUUACUGACACCGCAGCCUUUACGUGAACUGCGCGUGAAAUCCUCUUAUGUUCACCACAAGAGUGUCAAGGCUGCACAAGGUGUGAAAAUAUCCGCACAGGAUCUGGAUAAAGCUAUUGCUGGUAGUAGGCUGUUGGUAGUCGGCCCGGAUGACGAUGAGGAGGAGGUCAAAGAAGAGGUUAUGAGCGAUUUGCAGGAUAUGUUGAGUUCAGUUGAUAAAAGUGGAAAAGGUGUUUACGUACAGGCGAGCACCCUAGGAUCACUGGAAGCCCUGCUGGAGUUUUUGAAGUCGAGUAAGAUACCGGUGUCGGGCGUUGGUAUCGGACCGGUACACAGGAAAGAUGUUAUGAGGGCUGCUAGCAUGCUUGAGAAAGCUAAGGAAUUCGCUGUGAUUCUUGCAUUUGAUGUGAAGUUUGACAAAGAGGCCCAAGACUUGGCAGAAGAGCUUGGAAUUAAGAUGUUUAAAGCCGAUAUUAUUUAUCACUUGUUUGAUCAGUUCACUGCUUAUAACCAGGAUAUUCUCGAGCAGAAGCGAAGGGAUCAAGCUCCACAGGCAGUCUUCCCGUGCAUACUCAGGAUUAUACCAGGUGCAAUAUUCAAUAAGAGAGAUCCUAUUCUGGUUGGUGUUGAUGUCGUUGAAGGUUCAUUACGAGUGGGUACGCCUAUAUGCGUCGUUAAAGUUGAUCCUGCGACGAACGCGCGUGAAAUACUCAAUCUUGGGAGAGUAGCAUCGAUACAACAGAACCAUAAGAAUAUUGAUACGGUGCGGAAGGGUCAGGCGACUGGCGGAGUAGCAGUUAAGAUCGAGUGUCCCAGUUAUGAAGCGCCAAAAAUGAUUGGGAGACAUUUCGUUGAACAAGACGAGCUUUACAGCAAGAUUUCUCGUCAAUCUAUCGACGUUCUAAAAGAAUCUUUUAGAAAUGAUGUAUCCAAAGAGGACUGGGCACUUAUUAUAAAACUGAAGAAGAUACUGAACGUUUAA